CUUCAGGUAAAAGCAUCAUGAAUUGCGCUAAGUAUUUUUUCAAUUUCAAAAAUGUGAUGAAGCUUGAUGAUUUAGUGAAACCUGGUGUUAUCAUCGCGCCACAAUUUCUUUGUAUAAUACAAGAGGUACGAGAAACGAACAAAUCCAAAGAUCUCCCUUCAAUCCAAAGAUUAACAUGUACAUAGUUCAUAAGCAUUGUGACUUAAAGUACAAAGAUUGGAGGUUUGUACCUGAAAGUAUUAGAGCACCACUUCGUAACAAACUUCCGACAUUGUUUGAUGUUGAUGUGAGAAAUGCAAACGUCAAAAAGGCCAUUGAUAAGUAAAUGCACAAAGCUUGGCAUGGGCACAAACAUAACUUACGUAAACAUUUCAGAGAAGUUGGAGGUGCAUGUGACGAUCUAACAAAGGCAAAAACUAGUAAGUAUAUUAUCUUAUCUAACUUUGUAAACUUUUUUAGUUAUUACAAAUGUAUUAUUACUAAUAUAUUGAAACUUUGCUACAAAAUAAAUUCUCCGCCUAGAUGGCCAAAUCUGUUUCCUACACUUGAGUUACCUUUUAUGUGGGAAGAACCCCACCAUAUGAAGCAGUUUUCCAAGCUGUUUUCCAAGCUCCCGUGCAACCAUUGUUUUCCCUUAUGAGUAAUAGUACAACAAAUAAAAAACUAAUGAAUCCAAUUGGAGGAACCUCUAAACUCAC